AUGACUGUUGUAGAUGGGGAUGGCGCAUACAAGCUAGAAGAGGACGACCAGCCAGUAUCCUCGACACAAGCAGAACUCAAAGACCUGGCACGAGACCUAAACCUUUCAAAGGACUGCUGGGUCCACGUCUCAAAGAGAAACAUGCCAGUACAUAUCUAUCUAUCUAUAUCUAUCUAUCUAUCUAUCUAUCUAUCUACACACACACACGCACGCACACUCAUAUAUAUAUAUAUGUUUAUAAUCUAUUUAUCUCGCAGUCUCCCCAAGAAUGAUUUUAAAUAUCUGAUGACUAACACUUUUUCCCAAUCUAUCUAUCUAUCUAUCUAUCUAUCUAUCUAUCUAUCUAUCUAUCUAUCUCAUUUCUCUCUCUCUCUCUCUCUCUCUCUUCUCUCUCUCUUAUCUAUCUAUCUAUCUAUCUAUCUAUCUAUCUAUCUAUCUAUCUAUGUCUGUUUUCAUAGGUUGCCAAAGUGCUGCUCAGCUGUCCGCGAAAGACCGCCAACAGACACGGUCGGAUUUUGCCCGAUUCUCAUAAGAUACCGGAGGCCGACAAAUAAAGCCACUUACCCCGUAUUCGCAAAGACUUCUGUCUCGCUCAUAUUUCAUCCUAACGACAUGAUGCACGCGUAUCAAACGAACGGCUUGCCGAAAAAUCCUCCUCUUUGA